ACGUCACUUCCUCCAUGCCCUUACAGCCUGGAUGCUGUUUUGCUGUGGAGUUUUGUGUAGUUUUGGAAAGAAAACAACGAUCAUUGUUGGGUGCGCACUGAAGAACGAAUCUUCGAUAAUGUUAACCAACAGGACCAUAAUUGCGAUUUGAAAAUGAUGAGCACUUGCCGAUGGUGUACGUCUGUUGGUCCGGGUGCAUCGGACUUGCUUCAGAAGUAUUGCUCUGGGUCACUCUCAGCUGAGGAUGAGCAAGCUGCCAAUGAUGACCUUUGCUUCUGCCUGGAGUGUGUGGUGGAGUACCACAGAGCAAGGGACGAGCUACCAUCUUUGCAUACGCGGCUGUGGGAGUUGGAGACAUCCAGACUUUUGGCUCGCUUUACUCAGGCAUCUGAAGAGGAGCUGGAGGAAGAUGACCUCCUCAUAGUUCAAGAUGACCAGGAGAUCCAGGUCCCCAAGUUUACAGCUGCAGAAUAUGAAAACUUCUUACGGGUCCCACUUACUGAGAUACUGAAGUAUCCCUACCUACUGGGGCACUCCACAUUAUGUGAAAUGUGUGUGGAAGCUCUCUGCAAGAUGGAAAAUUCAAACUCCUUUCAGGUUUUUGACAAAUAUCAGGGCAUAUAUCUCCUCCUUGUCCACCCCAAUGAAACGGUUAGACGCUGGGCUAUUCGCGCAGCCAGAUCACUGGGAAAGGUGGACCGGGAUGAUUUCUAUGACCUUCAGGAUAUAUUCACCAGCAUGUUUUGCGUAAUCCAGUGUGAUAUCUUCCAGGACUCUGAUAUAGACACCUCUUAUGAUCCUGAGAAGGGCGAGAUGGCCCUUCUUCCACGUCACCUCUAUGAUUCGACAAACUACAAGAACUACUGGCUAGGGAUAUGCAUGCUCCUGACUGUACUUGAUGCUCAGGCAAUGGAUUCUCUAUUGCUUGGCCCAGAUAAGCAAACUGACAUUAUACAGUGCAUACUUAACACAAUGGAGAAAGGAGAGGAAGAUGAAAGCAUGGACCCUUUUUGGCCAUCUCUGCAAUGUUUCAUGGUCAUCUUGGAUCGUUUGGGCUCUAAGGUUUGGGGUCAACAGAUUGAGCCAGCCUCUGCUUUUCAGGCAAUAACAGGGAGCCCCAGCUACACCACAGAGAUCGAGAACAUCCGUUGUAAAACUAUGAUGUCAAAGGUCAAAGUUGAACGGGCGUGUGAUGACGACAUGGUGACCUGCAGUCAAAUUGUAUAUGAGUCCGACAUCAAAGAAAAAAGAAAGGACUCCAGCAUUAGGAGCUCAGCAAGUGCAGAGAGCAGCAGUGUGAUAUAUGAGGAAAUUCACUCCCUGGUCAAUGUGCUACAGUCAGACAUAGGCCAGGGCAUGCGAGUCCACAACAGUACCUUCCUCUGGUUCUUCCCCUUUGUGGAAUCUGUGAUGGACCUAGAUGACCUCAGCAUUGUCUACACUGGGGAAAUCAUCCACUACCUGUGUGGAGGUAUCAAGGACGUCAUCAAUGGACGGAUACAGACUUGUGAUAAAGUCACAGAGUUUUUCACUCUGAUACUCGUUUUUAUCAUUGAGUUGCACCUCAGUAAGAGCCGCAUGAAUGUGCUUUAUUACAGUGUAUCCAACUGGGUUGAGGUGAUAGUGAAGUGUGCCACUUUGCCAUGUACGGCUUUCCCUAAGGGUUUGGACAGUGGGUCGAACCGUGUGUCCUCUACUUCUUCCCUGAAGUCAUUUUACCGAAAACCGCAAGUGAGCACUGUAGUUCCCCAGGCUUGUAUGCUGGUAAUUCGGUCCCUUCUCAAAGAAGGUGGAAAAUUGACAUUACAUAGCAAAUCUAUACAGUUUCUAGACAUGCUUAACAAACAAAUUCGAGAGGUUUCUUUAAAAGAAUGGGGUCUUACAGUUGCAGAGGUUAAAGAACUACAGAAUUGCUUAAAGCAGAUUGUGAAGCUGAUGAAAGACAAGAGUCACAAACAAGCCACUGACAGAAGUUUGGAUGCCCUGACACCACCCCCAGCAAGUAACAAUGCUGAGCCAUCCUACGCAGAAAAUUGCUGCCAAACUUUGAAAUCUGAACAGAGCCUGAUUUCUGGACAGUGUAGUUCAAAUACCAUCGAAAGCAGAGAUUGUGUCGAUAUGAAAAUGGGGGAGAGUCAUGUUAUCUCUGUAAAGAAAGAACCAAAUGUUACAGAAGAAAAUUUUGAGUCAGUUUCAGAAUUGAGACCUUGCCUUCAGCUGACCAGAAUGAUACCAGACCCAGGAAAGCUGCAAGAACUAAAAACCAAACUGAGUCCAUCUCUUUUCACCAAACUCCAAGACAUUGCAAAAAAGCCACCAGACUCUAGAAAUAUAAAAGUGGAGAAAUCAUCUAAUGGGGAACAGUGCACAGUUGAAACAUUCACCAAAGAAGGGCCUCUCAGUUCUAUCUCCGGGUGUCAGGAAGGACCAGAGAAUUUGAGGCCCUCAACAUCAGUUUCAGAGAGAAGGGCUACAGGGACACAAAUGGCUCAAUGUGUUUCAGAAGGCAGUGAAUAUGGAGAUGAUGUGCCACUCUCAACUGUAAAGGGUUUUUUGAAAAAGUCUCAGAAGUUCAAAUCCUUAGAAACACCAACCGACAGAGGUCUUAAUCAGCUAUCUAUUGCUACCUGUGGUAAAGGACACAAUGGUCCUUUUGAUUCCAGCCCAGAAGUUUCUGGUGCAACCGAGAGGAUGGAACAGAAAGGGAAUAAUAAAGAGAGAACUGCACAAGGAAAUCAUGGCUCACACCUCAAUACAGUGGAACCUGCUUUAGAUGUCAUUGUCAUUUCUGAUUCAGAAUCCGGAAAGGAAGAUGAUGUCAUUUGUGUUAGCAGAAAAAAAAUUGAUAGAUGUGGGAGCGAGAAGUUUAAAAUAAAAAGCGAACCUCUCGAUGCUGCUGAUUUACAAAAGAGCCCCAUUCAUGGUGAUUUAAGCGACAUUGACUCUCAGAUGUUUGAAUUUGAAACACAGGAGGAUGUGUUCUCAGCCUGGAAUGAUCAUAACAUUAGUAGCAAUGUGCCAGCUCAAGAAACCAAACAAGAACUUCUAUCAUGCAAUGAACAGUUAGUGAGACCAGGUCCCAGUGACCCUAACAAUACUUUAGGUUAUGAAACUGAGCCCAUUUCUGACGAGAUCAUUGAAAAUGCCUUGCUAGAGAUAGAAGCACAGCUGAAGAAGCAAAAGCAUUCUCCAGAACCUCAAGUAAGUAAUGCAGAAAAAACUGAAUAUUUUGUCAUACCCAAACGUUUGCCCAGUAAGGCUUCUGGAAAAGGAAGCCCUUCCAGAAAAAAGAAAGAAAAAGAUAGUGUAAAAAAUAAAGUUUUUAGAAGUAGCGAACAAAACAAAAAAUCAUACCAGGAAGCAACUUCAAGCAAAUUUGCCUCCAAGCUUCCCACCUCUUCAUUUGCCACCCCUGCUAUAGUUCCUCCUAAAAAGGUCAGAAAGCCUGUGGAACCAACUUCUGCUGUGGAGAAACUGGGUCUCAAGAAGAAGGAAAGAAAAGCCUUUGAUCUGUCCCAGAGAUCCUUAGACUGUGUUGAUCAACUUAGGAAGCAUGGACAGGGCGUCCAAGUAGAGCAAAAGAAGCCGACAAGCAGGAAUAGGAAGUCCAGGUUAAUCUCACCUCAAAAGCUAAUUGUCAAGGGUCAUAAAAAGCUAUUGGCUUCUCAGGAACUUCAGUUUUUCAGGCAAAGUAGAAAAAAACCACCGUCCUUACUGAGUGUAGCUGCAUCUGAGCAAGCAAUUGCAAAACAAUGCCCUGAUCAAAUAAGGAAAACAAAUUCUAAAUGGAAUGAUAUUCUGAACCCUGGUGUCAUAGAGGAAGAACAGGACAAGGAUGAGUUCAUUUUUUUACCCUCGCUGUUGCCCGACUCUGUAGUUAAUUACAGCAAAAGAGAAAAGCAAGCUGAUCAAACAUUACAAGAGAGUCGAAGUACGAUUGAAAUAAGCUUGAGUGAGAGCAAACAAAGUUCUACAACUACAACAACAGUACACACUGAUCCACUCUACUAUGGCGAACAGAAACCCCACAAUCAUGGUAUAGUAGAUGAUGCAAAAAAGCACAGUGCUAAUGAAGUGGAUGGGGAUUCUGAUCUUCGUGAAGAUGCUGAGGGGGAUGCUGACAUGAUGAACUUAACACAAAUGGAGCCAGUAGAUAUGGAAAUGUGUUCGCAGAUGGAGGAUGAUGAUUUCUUCCUCACACAGAGAGAUCCAGUGGACAUGGAAAUAGAAUCUGAAAGCCAGAUAAACACAGAAAAAUCGCCUUGGAUGGAUCGACUUGGGGAAGGGCAGGACAAGGCAGUCACACCACUGAUGGGAUCUGUUGUCCAGAAACCAUCCACUUCUCAGCAGCAGGAUGACAAUGUAUUCUUGAAACCUGGCAUGUCACCAUUAUCUUGCAGAAAGGCCAAACCAUCAACUACUAAGAUAUAUGCACCCAGCUCAAGGAGUGCAACCUUGGUCCAGGAAAUGGAGAAGACUGCCAAGCCACCACCACCUGUUGCAAAGAAUAAGAUGAUUCGCCCUGUGUUACCUGUAAGGAAAAGUUUGCCACAGCCUGAGUUUAAACAGCCCCACCCAGUAAAUCGCUCUGUUCCUAUCCAAAUCGGUACCAUUGGUUCAUCUCCACAUGUUCCCUCAUACAAGACAUAUGCAAGGCCAGAGACCCCUGUCAACAAGGUGACGCCAGUGGAUUCUGGCUAUAAAUUUGAUCAGUCUGUUUUAAUUAACACAAUCCUAAAAUGGACCUACGACAUGUUCUGUAGUUAUUCCCAGUUUGGCGUUCCAUCAGAUUUGUGCAAUCUUCCUCUGAAAGAAGUGGGCAACAGCUACAAGUCCUAUGAGGAAUACUUUGAAACAUUCUAUCCCUUGUUGCUGAUAAACACUUUUGAAGAGCUUGCGAAAGACUGGGAAAAAAACACACAUUCGGGGAAAAUUAUAACUCACCAUUUGAAAGUAAACGGGAUUGAAUACACCAAUCAAAUAGCCAAUGCCAGUUUCACUGCCUGCCUCAGUGAGCGAGAUGUACAACAUCAGCUGUAUCCCAAGGAAGAUGACUUGGUGAUAUUGUGGCUGCCUCAAAACAGAAGUAUGUAUACCUGCAAUGAGCCCGAGCUGAUGGAACCUCGUGCUUGCUUUGGCUGUGUAUCCCGAUCCUCUGUCAACCCUGCAGAUGAGAGGCCAACACUGAACCUCAGCAUUCAGACUAGAGGAAAUGUCUCCUCGGUGAACAAUCAAGCGGUGAAGUGCCAGCUGAUGGGGUCUCUGGUCAGCGCAAUCCGGGAGUUUAGAGCCCUGUAUAUGCUAAAGAAUAAUACCAUGUUCCGGCCAAUCCUUGCACCCCAAGUCACCUUCUUCCAGCCUAGCCAGGAAAACAUUUUAGUCAAGAGUCUCCCUGAGUACAACCAAGAGCAAGUAAAAGCAAUUAAAUGGGGUGUGUCCAUCGUGAAGAGGCAGCAGAGAUCGCCAAAGAUCUGCCUUAUUCACGGCCCUCCGGGAACAGGGAAGAGCAAAACCAUUGUGGGUCUACUGCAGAGCCUCUUCUCAGAGGAGAACUCGGCCGCCACAGUGAGCCGGUAUUCCAAAGCCUGCAGGCGUCGGGUUCUGCUGUGUGCUCCGUCAAAUGCUGCCGUAGACAACCUGAUGAAGAAGAUCAUUCUGGCCUUCAAGGAAAACUGCAGGAACAUCCAGAACCCACUUGGCAACUGUGGUGACAUAAAUUUAGUACGACUGGGAAUGGAGAAGGCUAUUUCACAAAACCUCAAACUGUUCAGCCUCGACAGCCAGACACGAAUCAGAACACAGAAAGCGCAGCAAGGACAUGACCUGGACAGCGUCCGCCGCAAACAGCAGCUUGAUCAGGACAUUGAUAACCUCUCAAACAUGUGUGCCAUGGUGAAGAAAAAAAACAGUGAUGAGUUCCGGAAGCUGACUGAUCAGAAAUGUAAACUGUUGAAAGAAAGAGAGAAACUUUGGCGACAGCUGAGAGAGACUCGGAGCAGGAAGCAGGAGACCCAGGCCAGGGUUCUUCAGGACGCCCACGUCAUUUGCUGCACCUUGAGCACCAGCGGGAGCAUGGUCCUGGAAUCUGCCUUUCGGCGCCUGGGCCAUGAGCCUUUCAGCUGUGUCAUUGUGGAUGAGGCAGGACAGGCCACUGAGCCUGAAACUCUCAUCCCCAUGCUAUUCCGUUGCCCUGCCCUGAUCCUGGUGGGAGAUCCAGAACAACUACCUCCCACUGUUGUCUCCCAGACUGCAAAAGAGAAGAAGUAUGACCAGUCCCUCAUGGCACGUCUGUGGAAGUGUCUCCACCGCACAGCCAAGGAGAACACUCACAUCACUGUCCCGGUUGUUUUACUCAACAAGCAGUACCGAAUGCAUCCUGACAUCUGCCAGUUCCCCUCUGUGCACAUCUACAACAGGACACUCGAAACUGACUGUGAUACAGCGCAGAACAGGUGUGCGAUCACCUGGCCCUUUCAGCCCUACAGACUUUUUGAUGUGACGGACGGCUAUGAGACCAAGGAGAGCGAAUCUUUUUGCAACCAUAAGGAGGUGAAACUGGUGCUGAUUCUCAUUAAGAUGAUCUUGGAAAAACAAAACAUUAAAGUUGGUGUCAUCACCCCCUACAAUGCCCAGAAGUACAGGAUCCAGGAGUCCAUCAAUCGAGAGAUGGCCAAGGAGGAAUUAAAACGCUCGCAGGUUGUGGUGGACACAGUGGACGGGUUUCAGGGCAGAGAGAUGGACUGCAUCAUUGUGUCUUGCGUCAGGGCGAGCAGCGAUUCUCGCUCUAUCGGGUUUCUGGGGAAUCGACAAAGGAUGAAUGUAACAAUUACAAGAGCAAAAUACAGCCUGUUUAUUUUGGGCCAUCUGAGGACACUCAGGGAGCACAGAGAUUGGGGUGCACUAAUACAGGAUGCAGUCAGGAGGGGAACUAUAAUAAAGACUCGCGAAAAGGACUUCAAGAUGGAUUCCAAGCAGAUCUUUAAGCCUGAGUCUGGCUUUAUGAGGAGCUUGUCCUACCCCCCCAAAGAGCUUGGCUUUCCCACGCUGGCCAAGUCGAAUGCUGAAGCCCCUGCCUUUCUGAGCUCAGAAAAAUACUGUGCAGGAUCCAGCUCUGCCGCGUCUGCAGGAAGGGCUGCUCCCUUCAGGUCUCACCAGGGAAUAGACCCUCCCCCAGUGGGAGUGGACACAAAGGGGAGGAGCUUGGCCCAGCUGCCUUCCAGACCCAUGACAGCAGAGAGGCCCAGAGACCCUCGGCUGGCUGUCCAGCCGCCCCACCCUAGACAGGACAGUGGAGAUCGGAAGGAGCGGCCGCACUCCUCCAGCUCGUCUUUGAGCAGAAGCAUGAGCAGGGAGGAGUGCCGUGCACCUCAACACGCUUCUAGGGAAUGGGACCGCAGGGACUCCCUUCAAAACCUGUCCUAUAUGUCCCACAAUGCUAGGGGUCCACAGAAACGGCCUUCUGACGGCUGCUCCAGUUCCACAUCUGGCAAGAAAGUAAAGAGCACUGGUGUUCAAGGAGAAGAAAGCGACGUUCCUCCAGCUUCUCGUCACCCCUGGAGCCCCCUGUACCUUGAAACAGGCCUGGGCCAUCUGAGAUAAAAUGGCACCUACAAACCGGAGUUGGGAAGGGGACUCUGCUGCAGUGGCCUCACCCCUCCCUCGCCUGCGCGGGUCCAGGUGUGGCUCAGUUUGCAGUUAAUUGGGCCAGUUGAUUGGCCAAGAGGCAGAGGAGCAGGGUGGCAAAGCUGAGGUAGGAAGCCGAGGCACCAUCGCAGUCCCCACCUUCGCAGCGAAUUUGUUCACACAGCACCCCCUUGAACUCUGGUGUACACAUGCACUUCUGGCUCUGGUAGCAGGUGCCACCAUUCUGGCAGAGCAGCAGCUCAUCGUCACAAACAUUGGCUGCAGGAGGGAGAGGAGAGGAAACAGAGCCUGAUCACUGAGAGGGUUGGAAAAGUCAAGGCAUUUGCUUUCAGAUAAACCACUUUUGCAGUUUUUGGUACAUUUGGUACUAAUCCACAAAAAAACAAAAAAAAAAAGUAAAUUACUGGCAAAAUUACAAAUGGUAUGCUUCACCAAGACAUACUAUCACUAUUACAUAAAAAUUAGGUUCAUGAUUGUAAUGACAAGCAUUGUGGUGAUGCUAUAACUCAUGCUAUGAGGAUCAAUUCAAGUUUGCAUAGUAUUUAUAUUGUGCUUACAUAUAAACUGUAAGAUUUAUUUUCUACAGAGUAUGUUUUGUCAUCCAAGUAGUAACUGAUUUCACUGAACUGCAAAAUAAUAUGACAGUGUAUAAUUUGCAGAAGAAUCACGAUAACAACAUGAUCGCAGAAGGACAUCAUUAACAUGACACCUAGUAGCUAGUUUGCAUUAUGAGUGAGUUAGUUACUCUUCUGACUUUGUGAGCAAGAACACAUUUCUACUGCAACAUUUUGGGGGAUUAUGAACAUUUGUCUAUCUCUUCACAGAGAAUGGUGAUAUGUAUUUGGUGACUUUGUGAUAUACUCACUUGUGAACAUGUAUAUGGGCAUGCAGAAGUCAUUAAAUGAGCUAAUUGGGUAUUAGAAACUUGCGCAGUCAAUCUGGUGAGCCAGAUGAUCCCAAAGUGUCAGUGGGUUUUAAGCAAAAAGUGCAUGGUGUGAGCAAUACCAAUUUGUGGAGUUGCCUGCUGUGGGUGAAAUAUUUUAUUGCCCAGAAGGGGGUGAGCUCAUGUCUUGUAUAGACAUUGCAGGUUUUCCUGCUCCCUGCAGACAUCGGGAUGCCAAAGCAGUGUGUCGCUGUCAUGCGUGCGGCUUGCUGCUGACAGCAGCUGCUUUGCAGGUCCUGCUUCCAGAGGGGAAGGGAGGGCAGGUUCUGCAGGAUCAGGGCCAUGGAUUUCACCGGUGUCUGCACUGGUAUGUUACUUUGUCUACAGUACAUUUUUACUGGAUACAUUUAAAACCCCCCACACACAGCUUGCCAGCUUGGAAUCAGAGCACAUCAAGCAACCGCCAGUGUGCUGCUAAACAAAUACCAGUCAUGUGCUGAAGGUUAAAACCUGAAUGCAUUUGCUUUUACUGCAGCUAAGAGUGUGCCAAGGUGGUGAGGGUUAGUGGUAUUACCCUCAUCAGAAAUCUGGUACAUCCGGUCAUUUCUUUGAUAGUUACUGUUCUUUUGCUGUGCUCUGUUCAGAAAUUAUUAAAUGGAGUUGUUCUUACAUUGCUCUGUUCUGUUUUUAAUCUACUGUUGUGUUACUUUGCAAUGACACCACUGACGUAAAUAACUUUGUGAUUUAUAAAAUACAUACAAAACUAAAAUUCACAAGGUAUAUGCAUUACAUUUAAAUGAUUCUGUAAUAGAUAUUUGGCUUCUUGAUUGCUGGGUUUUGUCUUUAAUUGUAAUGAUUUUAUUUAUUAAAUUGUUCAAAGGAU